ACAAGAUGCGAUGGACUUGCACCUUUCUUUACUACAUGUGCCUUUCACUUCCCUUCUUAUAUAUAAUACGUUGUUCAUAAAUAUUGAUACACAAAACCCCUUCACAAAACAACAAUCUCCAAAAGUUGUACUCAUUCUUUAGCUGUUUAUGGAGAUGGCUAGAUCAUAUGUACCUCUGAUAGCUGUGAUGUGCGUUUCACUACUGCCACUUGCGGCCAUGGCGGCUGGAACGCCAUUUCAUAUCGAAGGAUGUGUUUAUUGCGACACUUGCCGCUUUGGAUUCGAGACAAUCGCCACCAAAUAUAUCACUGGGGCAAAAGUGAAAAUAGUGUGCAAAGACAGCGUCACAUUGAAAUCGGAGGUGGUCGGUGAGGCGGUGACAGGACGGCGAGGAAGAUACAGAGUUGCCAUCAAAGGAGACCGACAGGACCAGCAAUGUCUGGCUGUGCUCGUCGAGAGUCCUAUGUCCAACUGCCAAUUCCCUGAUCCUGGUCGCAGCACUGCCACCGUAAUCCUCACACGUUCUAACGGUGCCGCCUCUACUCGCCACUUCGCCAACGCCUUGGGAUUCUUCCGGGACCAACCACUCCGCGGUUGUGCCGCUCUCCGCAAACACUACCUCGCCGAUGGUGAUUAUCGAGCUAUUUAAGUCAUUCGACUCACCUUAUGUUCAUGCCACAAAAACAAAAAGUUGAUUUACACCCUUUUUUGCGUAACGUUCUAGUUGAGUCUCUCUAGACGUCUAUAAGAUACUAUAUAAAAGAUAUUUGCAAUUUAAUUUUUUCUUUUGUAAUGUUGAUGAAGAAGAAAAAAGUUAUAAACAAUUUCGUCGUC